AUGGCUCAUAUUAGUUUCGCUUUAAAGAUUUGCCAGCUGGCACUGGGACUGCUCAUAAAUUCAUUUCAAGCAACAUCCAUACAAAAUAAUGAAUGUCCACAAUUGUGUGUCUGUGAAAUAAGACCCUGGUUUACUCCUCAGUCAACCUACAGGGAAGCUCCAACAGUUGACUGCAAUGAUCUUCGUUUAACAAAAAUCCCCAGUAACCUUUUCAGUGAUACUCAAGUCCUUCUCUUACAAAGCAACAAUAUUGCCAAGACCACAGAUGAACUCCAGCAACUUUUCAAUUUAACAGAAUUGGAUUUUUCACAAAAUAAUUUCACUAGCAUAAAAGAUGUGGGAUUAUCAAAUCUUUCUCAGUUAACUACUUUACACUUGGAGGAAAAUCAGAUCACAGAGAUGACAGACUAUUGCCUACAAGACCUGUGCAAUCUACAGGAACUUUAUAUCAACCAUAAUCAAAUCAGUACAAUUUCUGCAAAUGCAUUCUCAGGCUUGAAGAAUCUUCUAAGACUUCAUCUUAAUUCCAAUAAAUUAAAAGUUAUUGAUAGUCGUUGGUUUGAUUCUACACCUAACUUGGAAAUUUUGAUGAUUGGAGAAAAUCCUGUGAUUGGAAUACUAGAUAUGAACUUCAAAUCACUGUCAAAUUUAAGAAGUCUAGUUCUGGCUGGAAUGUAUCUGACUGAUAUUCCUGGAAAUGCUUUAGUUGGCUUGGAUAGUCUUGAAAGUCUCUCAUUUUAUGAUAACAGAUUGGCUAAAGUUCCUCAACUUGCACUUGAGAAAGUCCCAAAUUUAAAAUUUUUAGAUCUUAACAAAAACCCAAUCCAUAAAAUUCAAGAAGGAGAUUUCAGAAACAUGCUUCGGUUGAAAGAACUUGGGAUCAACAACAUGGGAGAGCUGGUGUCUGUUGAUAGGUAUGCACUAGACAAUCUUCCUGAACUUACAAAGCUUGAAGCAACCAAUAACCCAAAGUUAUCUUACAUACAUCGUUUAGCAUUUCGGAAUGUUCCUGCUUUGGAAAGCUUGAUGCUUAAUAAUAAUGCCUUGAAUGCGGUCUACCAAAAAACAGUAGAAUCCCUUCCAAAUUUGCGGGAGAUUAGUAUUCACAGUAAUCCACUCAGGUGUGACUGUGUCAUUCACUGGAUCAACUCAAACAAGACCAAUAUUCGUUUCAUGGAACCCCUAUCAAUGUUUUGUGCUACGCCACCAGAAUACAGAGGACAACAAGUAAAGGAGGUAUUAGUACAGGAUUCCAGUGAACAGUGUCUUCCAAUGAUUUCACAUGAUACUUUUCCAAACCAUUUGAAUUUGGACAUUGGCAUGACUGUCUUUUUGGAUUGUCGGGCUAUGGCAGAACCUGAGCCUGAGAUUUAUUGGGUUACUCCACUUGGGAAUAAAAUAACUAUGGAAACUCUUUCAGACAAAUAUAAGAUUAGUAGUGAAGGCACACUGGAAAUAUCAAGUAUUCAGAUGGAGGAUUCAGGAAGAUACACGUGUGUAGCUCAAAAUAUAGAAGGUGCAGAUACAAGAGUGGCUACUAUAAGAGUGAAUGGAACACUUCUUGAUGGUACUCAGGUGCUGAAAAUUUAUGUCAAGCAAGCGGAGUCUCAUUCCAUCCUAGUUUCUUGGAAAGCUAACUCCAAUGUUAUGACAUCUAACUUAAAAUGGUCGUCUGCAACUAUGAAGAUCGAUAACCCACACAUUACAUAUACCGCAAGGGUCCCAGUUGAUGUGCACGAAUACAAUCUCACCCAUUUGCAACCCUCCACAGAUUAUGAAGUCUGUCUCACGGUGUCCAAUAUCCAUCAGCAAACUCAGAAGUCUUGUGUAAAUGUUACUACAAAAAAUGCAGCAUUUGCCCUUGAUAUUACUGACCAAGAAACAAGCACAGCCCUGGCUGCAGUCAUGGGAUGCAUGUUUGCUGUUAUUAGUCUUGCCUCUGUUUCUGUAUACGUUGCAAAAAGGUUUAAAAGGAAAAACUAUCAUCAUUCAUUGAAAAAAUAUAUGCAAAAGACCUCUUCUAUUCCCUUGAAUGAACUCUAUCCUCCACUUAUUAAUCUCUGGGAAGGUGACUGUGAAAAAGAAAAGGAAGGCUUGGCAGAAACCAAGCCAACUCAAGUGGACACAUCCAGAAGCUAUUAUAUGUGGUAACUCAGAUGAUAUUUUGCUUCUGGUAGUAAGGAGCAC